AUGUUGAUGGGCCGAAAGCUGUUGUUCGAUGGGCCUUGUGGAGGGAUGUUAAAUCCGUCUCCAACAGUAAGCCCCCCCCCCACUCCAUUGGUGAGAUGUGGUAAAUGUCGCGCGAUGGGUAGUAAGGUUCUGGUUCUGAGAAUAACAGGUUCGACGCUGGUUCGUUUUUAGAGUGCGUUUCGUUCUUUUGACUUCGGUGACUAACCAUUUACAAAGGAGUGGCCGAUCGGCGUUUGGAGUUCAGGGCGAUCGAUCAGUCGGUCGUGCGGCAGGACGUCGUGUGCUGGAGUCGAUCGAUCGAUCCCAUCCCAUAGAAAACGGCCGUCGUAUCUGGUUCCCGGUGACCGAUCGGUCUUCUUGUCGUGCGGAGGUGCGUGCUGACCGAUCGAUAGUUGUUGCGGCGCUUGUUAAACUUUGAUCGGUCGUCUUUGGUUUUCUUUUCGAACGAGCUGCCUUCGUGCGUCGAUCGAUCCGCCAGAUCGGUGUUCGGAGUUCAGGGCGAUCGAUCAGUCCCAUCCCAUAGAAAACGGCCGUCGUAUCUGGUUCCCGGUGACCGAUCGGUCUUCUCGUCGUGCGGAGGUGCGUGCUGACCGAUCGAUAGUUGUUGCGGCGCUUGUUAAACUUCGAUCGGUCGUCUUUGGUUUUCUUUUCGAACGAGCUGCCUUCGUGCGUUGAUCGAUCCGCUAUUCGCCCAACCAAAGAACGGUCUAACCGGUUUCACAUUGGGAUUGAGAGAGAUGAUUCCGGUUCGACGUCUGAAUUUAAAUAUCCAAUCGCUGUAAACCGAUCUAAACCGGGUUUCUUCAUUUGUCCGUCGGACAAAAUGGUUGAUCCACUCUCGGGGCGCAGGUCUUUUACUAUAAAUAGGGGAGCUCUUGUUUUUUUUUUCUUUUUUUUCUUCACUUUCCCCCUCCCUUUCUCUUUCUCCUCUUCUUUUUCUUUCCUUUUCGCCCUAGGGCUCCUCGCGGCGAUCGCCCCCUUCUUGCUCCUUCUUCGAUUUUUUUUUUUUUUUUUUUGUCUUCGGGCGUUCGCACUAGCUCGAAAUCGAUCGGUGUGUGGGCGAUGGUAUCGGAUCGAUCGGAAUCAUCCGAGUCCGAGAGAGAUGGGGAGGUUCAGAUCGACGAGAGGGACCAUCCUUGUGAUCCCAAGCCAUCGAUCGGCGUUGAGAUCCGAGGCUUCGAUCGGAUCCUUGGCGCUGAGGAUUUCGCCCAAGGUGGUGGGAGCGGAGUCUGUUCGUCGGUCGACGGUCUCGUAUCCGGCGGGAAGGUUGGGAGAGCUGCUGUGAGGAUGGAGAUUGGAGGAAACGAGUCCGUUGCGAGUUACGGGAUCUCAGGUAGAGAUAUCGGCGGUCGUUCGAGCGCUUCUAAUGAAAAGAUUUGUCGAUUGACUCCAUUCGUUUGCAGUGGUCUUGAAGGAGCGAUCGCACAGCUCCGUGAUUUGUCCCCGGAGUUGGCUCGGCCAUCGGUGGUGGAGGGACAGGUCUGGGAUGACGUUCGGCCGACCGAAUCAACUUUCAAGAGUGUGUCUUCACUGUUGAGAGAAUGUCGAGCGCGUGGUGUUGAGUUUAUCAUCCCGCAGCCCGACCAGCGUCCUUGGGCUCCACCAAUGGGUUAUUGUUGCGUUUAUGAGUCGUUCUUCCAGAAAGAUUAGAAGCUGUGGUUCCCGAUCCCACGCUUGGUCACUUCUUACUGCGCGCGCCGGGAUAUAGCUUUAACUCAGCUGAUGGUUGGGAUCGUGAGGAUCGCUGUCGCACUGAUGGUAAUGGCUGCAGAGAUCGAUGUGUCGAUGUCUGUCCGUAUUUUCGAAGAGUUGACGCAGCCACAACCGAAACCGCACGGUUUUCUAUCGAUGCAGAUGCGCACCGGGGUUAACGUCUUGACUGGUCAUCCUGGGACGAAGUCUUGGCAACGCUCGUAUUUUUAUGUCAGAGCUAACGGUGCUGCCUUUGAAGUUCCUCCAACCGAAAGCUCUCGUGUUUUGUGGAAUCCCAAAAUUGUUGCUCACCCGAACAUCGCCAGUCCUCAGGAUGAUUUCUGGAACGAUCUUCUAAAGGUCAUGGUGCUUGAGGAGCAAGAAUGGGCGAGCUUCGAUCGUCAAAGGGUCGAUCGCCAGCGCGAACGUAUCGCAAGAGCUGAUUGGUCGAUGGACGUUCCGUGCUUGGUAGGACCCGGAAAAAGGCUAAAGCUUCCACUUAUGGGGAAGGCUCCGAAAGCGUGCCCAAGUUACGGUGAGAUUCUUCGCGCCCAAUUGAGGGGGAAGAGCUUUGGUUCUACGUCUGUGCCCGAGAAGAAGGAAGCUGAGCUUCAGGGGUCGCUGGUAGGAGUGACGACGACUGUUUCUACCGAUCCGCUGGUCGAGGGUGCAAACGACGGGCAGAGUACUCCAUCGAGCUCGUCCGCCCAGUGUCCCUUCUUGAGAUCGAGGCGUUUCUUAAUUCCCGCGAUGAUCGUCUUGUUGGUGGCUUCUGCUUGGCCGUUGCUUUGUGGAUUUCUGGGCGUUGAUGUGUUCAAGCGAAUCCCCCAUCGUUCCAAAAAGCCACGAAAGUCUCCUGAGAUGAACUGAGAACCGUUGUCGGUGACGAUUUCGUAGGGAAGACCAUGCCGACAGAUGAUGUUCUUCCACACGAAGUUUUGCACUUCUUUAUCGGUGAUGUUGACGAGCGCCUUCGCUUCUACCCACUUGGUGAAAUAAUCCGUCAUGAUUAGGAUGUAUUUUCGUUGUCUGGAGCUUGGCAUCGGUCCGACAAGAUCCAUCGCCCAACGCAUGAACGGGUAUGGAGCUGUAGAGGUUUGCAGCAGUUCGGUCGGACAGUGUAUGUCUGAUGCGUGUCGUUGGCACUUAUCACACCGACGUGCGUAAUUGUCGCAGUCGGCGAUCAUUGUCGGCAAGUAGAAUCCAUCUUUCUUAACUUUAAGAGCUAAAGA